CUGAAACUUAAACAUGCCCAUAGCACGAGUGUCGUCAAAAUUACAUGACACGAUUCCGGGGACAUACUUUGAACUUAUCCUCGUUCUCUCGUCUUGGGAUCUGCAAGUGAAAACGAAGAAGUUAGAUCGAAAAAUGUGAACGACCCUUCGGUUCCUUGUUACCCCCUUACGGAUCAUUGCCUUAACACGACGACCGGUUUUCCAUCGUAUUACAAAUCGCUGGAUACAACAUGUACGCAAGAUUCAAGAACUUAGAAGAAUCGCGUUUUAUCGAUGGAAGCGAAUAUAAGGGUACUUGGAGCAAGUUUGGCAUGGAAGGAGUCGGUAAAUUCACCAUGCCGCAGAGUGCUAUCUUUGAAGGAGAAUUUCGCGAUGAUACGUUUCAUGGCUAUGGUAGCCUAUAUUGGCCUUGUGGGCAAAGAAUGGAUGGAAUUUGGAUACAAGGUGAAUGUAGAGACAAGCAAUAUGUUUUUAACGAUGGAUUAAAUUUUCUUGAAACUGAUUGGAAGUAUUGCAAAUUUCCUGAUAGACGAUACCAACUGUGUCAUAAAUAUGGAUUGAAACCUGCUGGAUUAACUUUACGCACGAAUAAUCAAGACGAAUUUAUCAUUCCUCCUAAGUGUUACGAUGCAGGCAUCGGAAUUUUUAACCCAUCUCAGCAUAUUAUUAUUUGCUAUUCAGACUUGAAAAAGACAAUUGAGAUACCAAGUAUCAAAUUUGCUAAGUGGAUAAAAGAAAAUUGUCAAAAGGCAUGGUCUGAACCAACUGGAAAAAAUAUAAAAGCUUUCUAUAAAUAUGAUAAGAAAAUUCCUUCUACAUUAUUACCAUUUUCAAAUAAUUCUUUUGAACCCUGGUGGAAGAGAUUAACUACUUUUCGUCAAGAUUCUACCUACGAACGAAAAAAAUCCUAUUGUUCAUGCAAAGAUACAACAUCAAGCGUUAAAGGAGAAAAUCCCAUUGAAAUCCAUUUGAUUCAAACUAAUAUAGAACAAAAAUAAAAUACAAUUUAA